AUGUUCAUGUGGAUGAAUAACCGUGAGUACGGGGUUGCUGUCGGGAGCGGACAUGGGGGAGCUGGAGAUGAUGGGGUUCGCCCUAUGGAGCCUGAAUGUGCCAGCCAACACCUGCAGCACCGAAAACUAUGGCUCCAAAACCAUAGAGUGCUCCAGCGAUGGUGCCGCCCUCCAGUGAAUCUGGCCGAGUUCACCUUCGAUGAUAGCAGGGGAAUGGACUUCUAUGACAUCAAUCUCGUUGAUGGCUACAAUGUGCCGAUACUGGUGGCAUCAAUCGUGAUUGGCUGUGAGGGGAAAAGGAGCCAAUUAAAACUUACAAAAUACUUUGCCUACGAUAGAAUGAGUCUACCUAAUAAUUUCUCGUGCAAAAGCGCAUGCGACGCAUUCGGGUCGCUGCAGUACUGCUACAGUGGCGCCUACGGGAACCCCAACACAUGCAAGCCUUUGUCAUAUUCUCAGUUCUUCAAGAACGCCUGCCCUCGCGUGUACAGCUACGCCUACGACGAUGCCUCCUCUACCUUCACCUACCACAAUGCCAAUUACCUCAUCACCUUCUGCCCCAGCACUACCAGGUUACAAUUUGGAAAUCGUAAGAUAAUUUUUGAAGCAUCGGGUGUUGUAGAUUGUUAUAUUUACCAAAUUUUUCUGACAACUACCAACUGGUUACUUCAGUUAAUUGAUUGUUUAUGUGUUAACAGUGAAUUUAAAGCAUAAAAUGCCCAUCGACUGUGUUCAAUAUUUGUGUCAUGAUAAGAUUGGAUGGUCACCGACUGUUUUGUCGUCUAGUUUGAGGCAUGCCUUUUUCACUUGAAUGGAAUGUGCUUGUGUUGAAGUUGUCUAUUGUAGGUUGGAUCAUUCUUUUUCCCAUUCCUACUGGUUGAGAAUGCAAGAUAAGACUGUUUUCAUUUAACAUGGUGUCUAUUGUAGGUUGGAUCAUUCUUUUUCCCAUUCCUACUGGUUGAGAAUGCAAGAUAAGACUGUUUUCAUUUAACAUGGUGAUUUUAGCUUUCAACUUGAUGUUAUGACCCAAAUCUUUUUGUUUCUGAGUGCCACCAGCCUGGCUUAUCCAAUUUCUUACAUCACAUGUGGUAUUGUUCAUGCAGGGAAGGGACAAGGAUUGCAUUUUAUUAUCUUUUGUACGAUCUAGUGAAAACUAGCAAAUUUUGAUACUACAUUGACAAUGCUAAAUGAGGGUACUUGUAAAAGAAAACUAGCAAGAUUAUCUUUUUGUUGUCACGUGUAAAUUUUGAUCAUAUUGUAAAUGCUGAUGCUGCUAAAAUCUGUUUACAUCUUGAUUUCUCACUUAAAUGCAAGUGUCAUGCACAUAUUCUGUUAUGAUGUCCAUUUCUGUGCUUAUUUGACAUGCUUGGAGGUUGCUGUGAUUCUUUUUGUGGAAUAGAAAAAGCUGAUCAUGGUCGGGUCCUGCAAAACCCUCUCAAGAGUUCCGUUGCUGAGGCUACUGAUAGAGAAGGUGGACGGGCAAGAUGGCAUUAUUCAAAUAUCAGGUAAAGAUGUCCAUCACUUGAAGGUGCUGAAGAAGUGCUCCCAGAUGACUGUAUCGUAAUCCAUGUAUCUGCAAAAAAAA